AUGGAUACUGAAAAGGGUUAUCCCAGAGGUUUCAGAGCAGACAGUCUACGACCAGAAACCGGCCGCAGAAGUUUUCAGUCAGAGAGUAUGCAACUCGAUGAAGCACACGAGCUACCACAAGGAGAUCAGAUACGACAAGAGAACUCGACCUAUCUCGUCCUCUUCAAGUCCAUAGACAGUGGAAACUUGGAAGCCACGAAAGAUUUCUUGGACCGAAACCCUGAGGCUUUAACCGCUAGCUUAACCUCCAACGGAGACAGACCAAUCCAUAAAGCCGUUUUGUCAGGUCACAUAAAUAUCGUGGAAGAGAUCAUUAGACGAAUCCACGAUCCAGAGCAAGUGUUGGAGAUCAAGAACGAUAAUGGUUACACGGCGCUUGCUUAUGCUGCCACUGGUGGGAUUGUGAGAAUCGCAGAGUGUUUGGUGAAUAAAUGUCCCAGCUCGGUUAGUGUUCGGAACGCAAAAGAGCAUAUACCGAUCGUGGUGGCUUCGUUGUAUGGUCACAAAGAUCUGGUUCGGUAUCUUUACAAUCACACACCUCUCAGUGAUCUUGAUCCUUGUGAUGAGUCAGAUGAACACAAGGGCAAGAACGGUGCGAUGCUAGUGACCAAUUGUAUUGUCGAUGGACUAUAUGGUAUUGCUUUGGAUCUGAUCCAGAGGUAUCCUAAGCUGGCUUAUACUCGAGACAGCGAUAACGAUACAGCGAUCAUAGCGCUCGCGCAAACGCCUUGUGCGUUCCCUAGCGGUAUCCAUCUUGCGUUUUGGCAACGCUGGGUAUAUUCUUGUAUUCACAUAGAGAAGAUUACCAACCCAUAUGAAGUAAUGAAUCAUCAUCACCAUCAGUACAUGAAAUCAGAAGAUCAUAAUACAAUUUACGAGAAGUUGUUGAAAUACCUCAGUUUUUUUUUUCCACACAUAAGACAAGUAUACAAACUAAAGCUAGGACAUGCUCAAGCCAAAGAGAUACUAGACUGUAUCUGCCAAGAGAUACCUAACUUUGACGCCACUCAACAGAAGAACGCGGGUCUAAACCAAGCUCUCUUCAAGGCGGUAGAGAAUGGUAUCGUCGAGUAUAUCGAGGAAGUGAUGAAGCAUUAUCCUGAUAUUGUAUGGUUCAAAGAUAGUUAUGGUCUUAACCUCUUUUUCUACGCGGUAAGUCAGAGACAGGAGAAGAUCUUUAGUCUCAUUUACAAAAUGGGUGCUAAGAAGAACAUCCUCGCUACAGCUUGGGACAAACUUCAUAACAAUAUGCUUCAUCACGCCGCAUAUCGGGCCCCAGCUUCACGGCUUAACCUCAUUCCCGGUGCUGCUCUUCAGAUGCAAAGGGAGUUACAAUGGUUUAAGGAAGUGGAGAGGCUAGUGCAACCGAAGCAUCGAAAAAUGAUUAACUUGAAGCAGAAGAAAACUCCAGCUGCUCUGUUUAAAGACCAACACAAGGAUCUGGUGGAUCAAGGAGAGAAAUGGAUGAAAGAAACAGCGACUUCUUGCACAGUAGUAGCGGCUCUAAUCACCACAAUGAUGUUCUCCUCUGCGUUUACCAUCCCCGCAAGUUACGACCACCAUUAUAAACUAUUCAUGAUCUUCAUCAUCUCGGACGCUAUCUCUCUCUUCACAUCAUGUAUGUCUCUGCUCAUGUUCCUCGGCAUUCUCAAGUCUCGUUACCGCGAAGAGGAUUUUCUUCGAUCGCUUCCGACCAAACUGAUCUUGGGUCUUGCGUCUUUGUUUCUCUCGAUGGCGACGAUGAUGGUGAGUUUUGUCGUGACGCUCAUGACCCUGUUUAGUGUUAAAACAAAAACAACGACGUGGGUUUCGGCUCAGUUUAUGUUGCUCGCGGUGAUUCCGGUGGGUAUGUUCGGUGUUCUUCAGUUUCCGGUGCUACUUGAGAUCUUCUGCUCCACUUAUUUCCCUAGAGUUUUUGAUAAGCCUCGCCAGUCUCGGCGAUUUUUUUAA